UUCAAAAUAUAUGCAAUAAUUGUAACCACGACACGACAAAGAAGGUGCUGGACGACCAACAUUGUAUACCAAUGAAGUCAUAGAAGAUGUUGAAGAACGCAUGGAAAAUAAUCCCUUUGUAGACGCUACUGAAGGAUAAAUAGAUUUCCAGUUCCAAAGUUCGUUGGUUUAAAGCGACAGAGUAUCGUGAACUACAACGAGUGAAAUGUCGGCGAAAGCUCUGCAGAAAGUUUUACACGUUUUAAACGAUUCGGCGGGAAUUUCAGACGUUCGCAUGGACCGCUUUUUAAUGAAAUCACCCCUCCAGUUUAUCACAAUCAUACUUUUAUACUUGGCAGUCGUUUACAAAAUAGGCCCUAAGGUCAUGAAAAAUCGAAAACCGUACUCUCUGCGGGAAAUUAUGAUAGCUUACAACUGCAUCCAGAUUAUUGCUAAUGGUGCUAUCUUCAUAGCAUGUGUUGCACAAUUCCGCUCUUGGAGUGUUUUUUGCACACCUCCAGAGCGGUUUGAGGGUGGUUUUAAUUCGUACCAAAUUCGUCUGCAUUACAGCUACAUCUUGCUGAAAUUUUUCGAUUUAAUCGAAACUGUGUUUUACGUUCUGCGCAAAAAAGACAAGCAGAUUUCUUUUCUGCAUGUUUAUCAUCAUAUUGGGAUUUUGGUGGCUGCUUGGAUUUCCGGUAAAUACUUUCCGGGAGGACAGGCGCUCUAUGUAGGGUUCUAUAACACGCUGAUUCAUUGUAUUAUGUAUUGCUACUAUUUAAUCACCAGCUGGAGGCCGAAUAGUGUGGCUGUGUGGUGGAAGAAGUAUGUCACAGCUCUACAAAUUGUUCAACACUGCAUGAUUUUCUUCAGUGUGUCGCCCGUGGUGUUCAACGUGAACUGUUCCUAUCCAAAAGGAUGGAUGGGUGCUUUUUCCCUAAAUGUUUUGCUGAUAAUCUACCUUUUUGCCCGGUUUUAUAAGGACGCAUAUUUACGGAAGAAUAAGUUAAACUAAUCGUGUAUUAAUACAUACGAAAAUAAUAUACGUUAAACAAGA